AUGACUUCUGAAGCUCGCACUUCAAAUUCCUCUCUCCAAUCCCCAGACAUUUCCACUAGCAGCGUAGCCAGCGGCAUAACACUUGUCAACGUGCAGCAGGCCUCGAAUGAGGAUGGAAGUGCAGCUAGGACGGACUCCAAUAGAUGCAACUCACAGCUCACACCUACCAGUGCGGCAGCUACUUCCCCGGUCGCAAGUCCAGGUGCAGAGCAGCGAAAUAGGAAGCCCCUGUCUUUCAGCAUGAACUCCUUGAUCAAAUGUUUCUUUUCAAAGGAGAUCAAGAUGAAUGUGGCGACUUUGACGAGUGUUACUCUAGCGGUUCUGGCAGUAGUGUAUACCAUUUUGUCAGACAACGUCGGACAGAAGCAGCUUGACCUUGGGAUGUGGGUGUUCUGCAAAUCAUAUCCUGAUGACCCCCAAGUCCAAAACUCAACCGCCUGCCAGAUGUACUCUCAGAAAAAAUCUUUGGAUGAUCUACGAAGGCGGGAUAGGACUACACUAUCAGAAGCUCCAAUCCAGAUCCUCGACUCUGUCCCGGACUGGCUUAGUGUUCCCAGUAGGAUCGAUAGACAUUCUUGCCAAGUGGUUUGCUGGAAUUCGGCAUCGUCUCAUACGCAUGUAGCACUGGCCUCAACGGGCGUAUCCAGAUCGUACCUAAAUACUGUAGAUUCGAUUCGAUCCAUGUUGUUUGAGUCAGUAAUUCCUCGACUCCGGAUAACGGUGGACUCUUUGCUGAAGUGUUACGUGGAAAAUCGGGACAAGAUUAGUUCCCUGGUUAUCGAGUCUGUAAUUCCUCAGCUGAAAGUGGCAAUUGGUUCCCCGACAUUGUCCUACGCCGCGAUUACUCGUUCGCUUCGGUCUUUCAUAUUGGAUUCAGUAAUUCCCCAGCUUAGAAAACUGACUGCCUCCCAGAAUUUCUCCUACAUGGAAGUUCUGGAAUCGGUCCGCUCCCUCAUAUUUGUUGACUCGAUUCGUUCUCUCGUAAUUGACCCGGGAUUCCCUCAGCUUGCAAUCGCACUUGGAUGGCCAAAGCUCUCUUUCACUGAGGUCGGAAACUCGAUUCGGUCCCAGAUACUGGAUCCAACUCUGAGGAAAUAUAUCGUUAUUGAUGUCAUCUUAUGGCUCGGUCUGAAGGCACUUGCUCCAGGAGUGGUUUUGGUGACUCAGCUCAUCUAUCAGUAUGGCAUGUUGCUGGUAAAGAUUCUGUGUCGUCCCGCUAUCAGGAUAUCUGACGAUACUUGUGGUCUUCAACAACGAACCCCUUUUGAGUUGAUUCACCAGGUCUGGCUUGAGUCUGAGCUCCAUGUGCACGCAAUGGAAGGAGAUAGGAUAAUGAAUCGCUAG